CCCACCAGACUAGAAAGCAAGCGCAGAAUUUACUCUGCAAAGAACCAAGAAGCACCAUGCUGAGCCUUCAGCUAGCUAAGAAGUCUUCACCAAGCCCUUUUAGGUCUUUCUUCCAGCCUCUCUGGCCACUGUCGAUAGACAUCUUUUCCAGCCUGGAGAAAGAUAUGAUACGUACUGUAGGAGAAAUAAAAGCCAAUAUGAAGCUGAUGGACCAGUUUUACCAGCAGCUGCUUCAAGAAACCACUGAGAGCAAGAAUCUACUUGUGCUAAAUUCCAGCAAUACAAAGUCCAUAGAGAAUAAGGCUGAGAUUGGUCCAGCCGUCAGCAAUGUAAAGUUAGCAGAGGGUGGUCUGACAGUUUUCCUUGGAGUCCAAGAUUUUACUCCUCAAGAGCUGACAGUCAAGCUAGUGGGAAGCAAACUGCUGGUGAGUGGAGCCAAGGAAUGCAAGAGUGAAGAUGGGAAAGGUUCAUUUUCCUACAAGUGUCAGAUCUUCAGGAAGGAGGUGGAUCUUCCUGAAGAUGUGCGAGCAGAAGACCUGAGCUGUACAGUGGACAAGGGCAAACUGCAGAUAGAGGUUUCCAAGAAAGCUGCUCAGGAGAGGACUGUGCCAAUACAGCAUACAGCCCUGCAGGCUAAGACCAAGACCCCGGUCUCCGGCAGCAGCAAAGACUAGAUCCUAACUCCAGCUUGGAUAUUUAUGUCUGUAUGCUUGAUAUAUUACUUUGUCAUAUCUGAAAUAAAUGUGCAUUUUUCUUAAACAUUAA